GGGGAAAGUGUCCAGACUGGAAGGGGGGUGAAAGUGUCCGGACUGGAAGGGGGUGAAAGUGUCCGGACUGGAAGGGGGAGAAAGUGUCCGGACUGGAAGGGGGAGAAAGUGUCCGGACUGGAAGGGGGGGGAAAGUGUCCGGACUGGAAGGGUGGUGAAAGUGUCCCGGACUGGAAGGGGGGUGAAAGUGUCCGGACUGGAAGGGGGGGAAAGUGUCCGGACUGGAAGGGUGUGAAAGUGUCCGGACUGGAAGGGGGUGAAAGUGUCCGGACUGGAAAGGGGGUGAAAGUGUCCAGACUGGAAGGG